GGAAAGAACACAGAGCAACAUAUCCACUUGUUGAGAUACGGCAUGAAUUCAAAAGGCAGGCAAAAAUAUUUGCAAGCAUAACACUCCCUGGCCUGACUUCAAAGAAACCAGUCCAACUUUUGAUGUCAGGAUUCACCUCCAGGUGGGGUGAGAGGUCAUCAGACGAGUUUAAAAGGAUGGACAGUCUUGAUGAUAAGGGGUCCCAAGAUGAGGAUAAAGCCACAGAGAGGCAUGUUGAUGAUCGGUCCCCAGCUUGGGUUAAAGAGGAGUCACUAGGCACAACUUGUGGAAAAGACAUUUUACCUGUCCAAAGCACCAGCAGUCCUGAAGGCAUGUCAGAGAUGCGGCACUCAGUGACGGAGAGGCCUGAUGUUGCGGGUUCCCCAAGUGGGGUUAAAGAGAUGGAGAGGUCUGAUGAGGGGUGGUUACCAGGUUCAACAUGUGGUAAAGGAAGUGGAAGAGACAAUUCACCUCUCCACAGCACUAAGAGUCCUGAAGGUAUACCAGAGAUACAACUCCCAAUGCAGAAGAACAGUGGUGAAGUUGGAGAAGAAGGCACCAAACCAACUCAAAAUACUGAGAGUACAUCUGUUAAGGAUAUUCAACAAAACAUCAGAGAAUAUCUGAAUUCAGAUGAAGAGGAUUAUUCAGGAGAACAACAUACUACAAACUGGGUGGUUCCUCCUCCAGACCAUCUGACUGUUGACUCAGUGGACACCACAUCAGCUACUGUCAACUGGAAACCUCCACCAGGAUUGGACCAAACCCAUCAUCAUUACCAGAUCUCCUAUCGCUGUCCAGGGACAGAACCUCAUACCACUACCACAUCUACAACCAGCAUCACUCUCUCUGAUCUGAGACCUGCUACUGAGUACUCUGUCACUGUCUGGACUGUGGGGCACAAUGGAAAAACAAGUAAACUGGUGUUGACAACUCUCAUCACAAUGCUCCCUCCUCCAGACCAUCUGACUGUUGACUCAGUGGACACCACAUCAGCUACUGUCAACUGGAGACAUCCACCAGGACUGGACCAAACCCAUCAUCAUUACCAGAUCUCCUACCACUGUCCAGGGACAGAACCUCAUACCACUACCACAUCUACAACCAGCAUCACUCUCUCUGAUCUGAGACCUGCUACUGAGUACUCUGUCACUGUCUGCACUGUGAUGGAAAAUGGGGUGCAAAGCCAACCAGUGCCAGUGACUUUGAUCACAAAGGUUCCAGCACCAAGUGACUUUACUAUAGAGGAGCAGAAAUCCACCUCAUUCACCAUAAGAUGGACCAAGGGUUCUGGACUGGACCAAACGCCUCAACACUUCCUCAUAUCCUACAGUAGCCCGGGGAAACAGCCCAUAACAGAAGAUACUGAUGACUGUUACAGAACUCUCUCUGACCUGGAACCAGGGACUCAGUACACUGUCAGUGUCUCAACUGUUCUGACCAGUGGACAAGAGAGUGAUCCUGUCUCUACAACCAUCUACACUGUGGUUCCUCCUCCAGUCCAUCUGACUAUUGAUUCAGUGGACACCACAUCAGCUACUGUCAACUGGAGACAUCCACCAGGAUUGGACCAAACCCAUCAUCAUUACCAGAUCUCCUACCACUGUCCAGGGACAGAACCUCACACCACCACCACAUCUACAACCAGCAUCACUCUCUCUGAUCUGAGACCUGCUACUGAGUACUCUGUCACUGUCUGCACUGUGAUGGAAAAUGGGGUGCAAAGCCAACCAGUGCCAGUGACUUUGAUCACAAAGGUUCCAGCACCAAGUGACUUUACUAUAGAGGAGCUGAAAUACACCUCAUUCACCACAAGAUGGACCAAGGGUUCUGGACUGGACCAAACGCCUCAACACUUCUUCAUAUCCUACAGUAGACCGGGGAAACAGCCCAUAACAGAAGAUACUGAUGACUGUUACAGAACUCUCUCUGACCUGGAACCAGGGACUCAGUACACUGUCAGUGUCUCAACUGUUCUGACCAGUGGACAAGAGAGUGAUCCUGUCUCUACAACCAUCUACACUGCGGUUCCUCCUCCAGACCAUCUGACUGUUGACUCAGUGGACACCACAUCAGCUACUGUCAACUGGAAACAUCCGCCAGGAUUGGACCAAACCCAUCAUCAUUACCAGAUCUCCUACCACUGUCCAGGGACAGAACCUCAUACCACUACCACAUCUACAACCAGCAUCACUCUCUCUGAUCUGAGACCUGCUACUGAGUACUCUGUCACUGUCUGCACUGUGAUGGAAAAUGGGGUGCAAAGCCAACCAGUGCCAGUGACUUUGAUCACAAAGGUCCCAGCACCAAGUGACUUUACUAUAGAGGAGCAGAAAUCCACCUCAUUCACCAUAAGAUGGACCAAGGGUUCUGGACUGGACCAAACGCCUCAAUACUUCCUCAUAUCCUACAGUAGCCCGGGGAAACAGCCCACAACAGAAGAUACUGAUGACUGUUACAGAACUCUCUCUGACCUGGAACCAGGGACUCAGUACACUGUCAGUGUCUCAACUGUUCUGACCAGUGGACAAGAGAGUGAUCCUGUCUCUACAACCAUCUACACUGUGGUUCCUCCUCCAGUCCAUCUGACUAUUGAUUCAGUGGACACCACAUCAGCUACUGUCAACUGGAGACAUCCACCAGGAUUGGACCAAACCCAUCAUCAUUACCAGAUCUCCUACCACUGUCCAGGGACAGAACCUCACACCACCACCACAUCUACAACCAGCAUCACUCUCUCUGAUCUGAGACCUGCUACUGAGUACUCUGUCACUGUCUGCACUGUGAUGGAAAAUGGGGUGCAAAGCCAACCAGUGCCAGUGACUUUGAUCACAAAGGUUCCAGCACCAAGUGACUUUACUAUAGAGGAGCUGAAAUACACCUCAUUCACCACAAGAUGGACCAAGGGUUCUGGACUGGACCAAACCCCUCAACACUUCUUCAUAUCCUACAGUAGACCGGGGAAACAGCCCAUAACAGAAGAUACUGAUGACUGUUACAGAACUCUCUCUGACCUGGAACCAGGGACUCAGUACACUGUCAGUGUCUCAACUGUUCUGACCAGUGGACAAGAGAGUGAUCCUGUCUCUACAAACAUCUACACUGCGGUUCCUCCUCCAGACCAUCUGACUGUUGACUCAGUGGACACCACAUCAGCUACUGUCAACUGGAAACAUCCGCCAGGAUUGGACCAAACCCAUCAUCAUUACCAGAUCUCCUACCACUGUCCAGGGACAGAACCUCAUACCACUACCACAUCUACAACCAGCAUCACUCUCUCUGAUCUGAGACCUGCUACUGAGUACUCUGUCACUGUCUGCACUGUGAUGGAAAAUGGGGUGCAAAGCCAACCAGUGCCAGUGACUUUGAUCACAAAGGUCCCAGCACCAAGUGACUUUACUAUAGAGGAGCAGAAAUCCACCUCAUUCACCAUAAGAUGGACCAAGGGUUCUGGACUGGACCAAACGCCUCAAUACUUCCUCAUAUCCUACAGUAGCCCGGGGAAACAGCCCACAACAGAAGAUACUGAUGACUGUUACAGAACUCUCUCUGACCUGGAACCAGGGACUCAGUACACUGUCAGUGUCUCAACUGUUCUGACCAGUGGACAAGAGAGUGAUCCUGUCUCUACAACCAUCUACACUGUGGUUCCUCCUCCAGUCCAUCUGACUAUUGAUUCAGUGGACACCACAUCAGCUACUGUCAACUGGAGACAUCCACCAGGAUUGGACCAAACCCAUCAUCAUUACCAGAUCUCCUACCACUGUCCAGGGACAGAACCUCAUACCACUACCACAUCUACAACCAGCAUCACUCUCUCUGAUCUGAGACCUGCUACUGAGUACUCUGUCACUGUCUGCACUGUGAUGGAAAAUGGGGUGCAAAGCCAACCAGUGCCAGUGACUUUGAUCACAAAGGUCCCAGCACCAAGUGACUUUACUAUAGAGGAGCUGAAAUACACCUCAUUCACCACAAGAUGGACCAAGGGUUCUGGACUGGACCAAACCCCUCAACACUUCUUCAUAUCCUACAGUAGACCGGGGAAACAGCCCAUAACAGAAGAUACUGAUGACUGUUACAGAACUCUCUCUGACCUGGAACCAGGGACUCAGUACACUGUCAGUGUCUCAACUGUUCUGACCAGUGGACAAGAGAGUGAUCCUGUCUCUACAACCAUCUACACUGCGGUUCCUCCUCCAGACCAUCUGACUGUUGACUCAGUGGACACCACAUCAGCUACUGUCAACUGGAAACAUCCGCCAGGAUUGGACCAAACCCAUCAUCAUUACCAGAUCUCCUACCACUGUCCAGGGACAGAACCUCAUACCACUACCACAUCUACAACCAGCAUCACUCUCUCUGAUCUGAGACCUGCUACUGAGUACUCUGUCACUGUCUGCACUGUGAUGGAAAAUGGGGUGCAAAGCCAACCAGUGCCAGUGACUUUGAUCACAAAGGUUCCAGCACCAAGUGACUUUACUAUAGAGGAGCAGAAAUCCACCUCAUUCACCAUAAGAUGGACCAAGGGUUCUGGACUGGACCAAACGCCUCAAUACUUCCUCAUAUCCUACAGUAGCCCGGGGAAACAGCCCACAACAGAAGAUACUGAUGACUGUUACAGAACUCUCUCUGACCUGGAACCAGGGACUCAGUACACUGUCAGUGUCUCAACUGUUCUGACCAGUGGACAAGAGAGUGAUCCUGUCUCUACAACCAUCUACACUGUGGUUCCUCCUCCAGUCCAUCUGACUAUUGAUUCAGUGGACACCACAUCAGCUACUCUCAACUGGAGACAUCCACCAGGAUUGGACCAAACCCAUCAUCAUUACCAGAUCUCCUACCACUGUCCAGGGACAGAACCUCAUACCACCACCACAUCUACAACCAGCAUCACUCUCUCUGAUCUGAGACCUGCUACUGGGUACUCUGUCACUGUCUUCACUGUGAUGGGAGAUGAGAACCCAGCAAUCAAAAAGCCAAAAUCAUUAAUUUCAAGAUGGACCCUGGCUCCUCUGAAGCAAGUGCUUCAACGCUUCAAUAUAUUCCACUCUGACACCAAAACAGAGCCCUCAAUAGGGCUCCCUGACCUGCCUUCUGACAGUGUUUCAACUGUGCCGACCAAUCGACAAGAGAGUGAACAUGUCUCUAUCACCAUCUGCACUGCGGUUCCUCCUCCAGACCAUCUGACUGUUGACUCAGUGGACACCACAUCAGCUACUGUCAACUGGAGACAUCCACCAGGAUUGGACCAAACCCAUCAUCAUUACCAGAUCUCUUACCACUGUCCAGGGACAGAACCUCACACCACUACCACAUCUACAACCAGCAUCACUCUCUCUGAUCUGAGACCUGUUACUGAGUACUCUGUCACUGUCUGGACUGUGAUGGAAGAUGAGCAACUAAGUGAAUGGGUGCCAACAAACUUUACCACAAGAUCUUUUCUCAAGGAGCUGUUGUCAAAGACGGGACUUUCAGAUCAUUUUCCAAACAAACUGAUGUUAAGUAAGGUCCUUGAGAUCAAUGCUAAUACUACAUCAGAUGAACCGCUUACAACCGUUCAGUCACUUCCAGGAUCCUUUCUGAAGAAACUGAUGAUGGCAAAUGUAAAGGCUAGGAGUUCCAAUAGCAUGUCCACUGACACAAAUGUUUCCUGCAGGGGAAUAGACAGUUUUGAUAAUGUGGAAAAUGACUCUGAUAAUGUUCAUCCAUUGGACUUGAUUACUGCUGUCUUUCUGUGUUCAUACGGUAUCCUGCAGCAGGAGAUGGUCCAGAAAAUGUCCAUGUGUCAGUUUGCUGUUCCUCUCCUGCUGCCUAAUUGUGAUACAAAGCAAAGCACUUUGAUGCUAUGGGCCUUGAGGGACAUUGUGAAGAAGUUCAGACCCUCUUCACAAGCAAACACAAAGUCCUUUAGAGAGGAGAGAAUUGUAGUGUCUGAUGUUCCUAUGGUGUCUUUUGUGAGGCUAGGAGAGUGCAGCUUGUCAAAGUCUCAGAUUUUGAACAAACUCCUAAGUAAUGCUGAACAGUACCAUGACACCUUUGUUCAUCGUGAUAUGGAAUGUGGUGAUGUUCCUCGUAGAAUCUCAGAUGGUCUAGUUGAAAUCAGCUGGUACUUUCCAUGUGGGAACAGAAACAUUGACAUAUUCACAGAGCCUGUGGCUGUGGCCAAUCUCAGAGGAGACAUCAGGUCCUUUGAGAUACAGUUUUCCUUUUUGUGUCAGACAUCAGCUGCAGUAUUCAUUUUCAGUGAUGAUUUAGAGGAUGAUGUCAAGGUUUUUGCGGGAAAAAACACAAAAGCAGACAUGUUUUUGGUUGUAAACUCUCAGGCAAAAUUAUUUUCAAUAGAUACAUUAAGAAAAUUCAUCACAGACUACAAUAUCACUAAAGACAAUGUGAUUGUCAAGAAAAAGCAGAGUGAUGCACAAUUUGUAAAAACCCUUCAAUCAUCUAUAUUUGACAUCACUGAAAAAAGUCCCAACAAAUGUAAAGUGCAAGAGAUGACUACAAUAGCUUGUCAGUUGGGGAUUCUUGUUGAUGAAAAGUGUGAUGAGUGUCAGAAUGCUAAGAAAAAUGCAGAAGCAAUCACCAGCAACAUCAAAGACACAGUACAAUUCAAGAGGGAACAGCUACCUUUACAAGGGAAAAUCUGGACAGAGCUUUCAAAGUUGGAGAAAGAGAUGUGUAGAUUGAAAAAAGCAGGAAAACAAGAAAUCGAACAAUACAAAUGCUCUCUGAGGAGAAAAUAUAAAGAACUAAGAGCUAAGCAACAAAGCAUUGAAAUGACAGAUUCAAUUACAUACUUCCUAAUUGGAAUGUCUAGCUCAGGACCGGAGCGAUGCCAUUUCCUGAAAUGGAUGCAGAUACAGUUGGACAAUCUGUCAAGACAGAACCUGUCUGGUUUGAGAGAGAAAUAUAAAAAUCUUCAAGAAAAGGAAUCUGAGAAAAAAGAAAUGGCAUAUUUAGAUAAGCAACAAAAAGAGAUUUUUGAAUUGGAUAGGCAAAUAUCUGAUUGUUCUCUGGGACUAGAACACUUCCUACGUGAGGUGGGUCAGUUAUAUGAAUCUGUCUGCUCUCUCCCUAAAGACCACCCUCAAAGAAAACAGAUGGAGCGUCUACCUAGAUUGUGCGCUCAGAUGCUUUUGGAUGGUUUUCCUGUUGAGCUUGUGGAUGGAGAUGCAUCAAACAUCCCACUAAAUUGGAUAUCAGCUGUACUAACUCAGCUUCAUAUACUUGUGAAAUCUAACAGCAAGAUCUGUGUUGUCACAGUUUUAGGAGUUCAAAGCACUGGGAAGUCCACUCUCCUCAACACCAUGUUUGGGGUCCAGUUUGCUGUCAGCAGUGGAAGAUGUACCAGAGGGGCCUUCAUGCAAUUGAUAAACAUCAAUAAAGAUCUCAAAGAGGAGCUCAAAUGUGACUUUAUUAUGGUAAUUGACACAGAGGGGUUGAAAUCACCAGAGUUAGCUCAGCUAGAUGACAGCUAUGAGCAUGACAAUGAACUGGCCACACUGGUCAUAGGACUCAGUGAUGUCACGAUUAUUAACAUCUCCAUGGAGAACUCAACAGAGAUGAAGGAUGUUCUCCAGAUUGUUGUUCAUGCUUUUAUCAGGAUGAAGGAAGUGGGUAAGAAGCCAAUUUGUCAUUUUGUUCACCAGAAUGUGUCAGACAUUUCUGCUUAUGACAACAACAUGAGAGACAGGAAGAAGUUGUUGAAACAGUUGAAUGAAAUGACCCAGGCAGCAGCCAGAAUGGAAAAGAAGGAGAACAUCACCAAGUUCACUGAUGUGAUGGAUUAUGAUCCAGACACAAACAGCACCUACAUCCCAGGACUCUGGCGUGGAACUCCUCCUAUGGCUCCAGUCAAUGCUGGAUACAGUGAGGCUGUGUAUGACUUCAAGAAGAGCUUGAUGCAAGAUUUUAGAAAAUGCAAAAAAAAUGACAUCACACAUUUCAUGACCUGGACAAAAAGCUUGUGGGAGUCUGUAAAAUUUGAGAACUUCAUCUUUCAUUUCAGAAACAGUUUUGUGGCAGAUGCGUACACUAGAUUAUGUACUGAGUACAAUGGUUGGGAAUGGGCCUUUCAGAAAGAAAUGUACUCCUGGAAAAUGCAUGCAGAAACCAGCAUUUCUAAUUUUGGCAUGACAGGUGUAAACACAAUAUUGCACUCAGUAAAAAGUUUACUGGAGGACUUGCUGAGCAAGGCAUCCGAGAAGCUAUCAUUGGAGGAAAAGAAAAUCCAAGACAAUUUAGCGAAGUACUUUGAAAACCAAGAGGGUCAUGUCAGUCUGGUUGAAAAAUACAGGGAGGACUUUGUGGCCAGUGCAAAAACACUGAGACGAGAGACAGAAAACAAACUGAAGGACACUCUACAUGCAGCUGUUGAAAUCAAAGAGGGGAUGACCAAAGUGGAGGAAAUAAAGAGCUCCCAUGCCAGUACAUUAGAAAAAAAAGUUCUGGAUUUGCUGCUAAUUUGCAGACAGAAGAAAUCUGAUUUAUCAGAUCAGAACCUCAGAGAAGAGUUUGAAAUUAUGUGGAAGGAAACUCUAUCUGAAAUCAACUUCAGAGGACUCCCAAUAAAAAAUGUUGCUCAAGAGGCCUUCCUUGUGUUAGGUGGAAAUCUAUCCACAAGAGGGAGCUAUGUCAAAAGUAUGUUGGUUGGAAACAGUCUGGCAAAUUGUGGGAAAAAUCCCUUUGAGGUGAAAUCACUGGAUUGGUGUGAUAAAGCUAAAGGUUUAACCAAACACAGGGAUCCGCACUAUUACAGGAAAAAACUGCAGGACUUAUGUGAUGUCAUCAUAGCACAGUGUCAGAAAUCGAUAACCCAGAUUGUGGGAAACAAAUCAGAUUACCAUGAUACUUACAUUAAGGAACUGCUUAAAAGCAUUGAUGAUACUUUGUUACAACCCAAUAAACGUAAAGUUAGUGAGGAAUGUGAGGUUUCACUGAAGUUACACAUCUGUGGCAUUGCAGUCAGAGAGUUCCAGAACAUGCAUGAUCAUUUCAUUACAGUCAAUGAUCCAAGGAAGUGCCUUGAAAAGUCUAAGAGCAAGUAUCUUAAUGACUUCAUAGACUUGUUUCAUGAGCGAGACCAAUGCCAAAAGAAAGCUGAGGAUUUCACCAAGCUGUGUUUACAACCAGCUGUACUGGACUAUGUGACCAAAAUGAUUGGUCCUGAUGUGGUGGAUGAAAUGAAGACUGGUAAAGGAUCAGAGGAUUAUAACACAAGAGGGGCUUUCCAAUUCUCCAUUUUAAAACAGCUGCUGACUGAUGGAGAAUAUGAGAAAUAUGAGGGGUACAUUAGAAAGUAUGAACAGUUUGUAAAGGAUUGGCUAUUUGAACACAUUGUCAAUCAACUGUCAAAGGAGAAUGGACUAGAAAGACUGAAGAAUAAACAUCUUAAAGACAUAGUCAAAUUAAUUACUGAUGCAAUAGAAAAAGUCAGAAAUACAACUAACAUUUUUAAUGAUAUCAAGAUGUUUAUUCAGCACCUUUGUGUUGACCUUGGAGACAAGCUUGUCAUUCCCAAGGAUGUUCUGGAUUCCAUCAUGACUCUGAACUGCUCUAAAAAUACAGAACAGUUCGCUGACAAUCUCACAGUGUUUGUGGGAGAAAUGAAGCAGUCACUGGCUGACAAAUAUGACCAUGAGAUGGACAUCGAAAAGCAUCUCAGGUCUCUCCCAUUCAAGCCUCAGGACAAGAUGUUCACCAGUCUGUUUGGUUGUGGGGAGGUUUGUCCCUUCUGUAAAGCACCAUGUGAAGCAGGAGGAAAGGAACAUUCAAAACACUUCACCUCCAUUCACCGUCCACAAGGUGUUAGUGGUUGGAGGAAUAAAGACACACAAGUGUUAGUGACUAGAAUAUGUUCCUCCUCUGUAAUUAGUAAUGGAACAUUUAGCAACACCCUGACUAAAGACCAACCUCACCCCUACAAAGACUACCAGAAAUAUUACCCAGACUGGAUCAUAACUGGAGAUUCCAGCGUGGAGGCUUCAGACUACUGGAAAUAUGUGAUGGCAACAUUCAAUGAGAGAAUAGCUAAAGAGACAAAUGCACAUCCUGCAGUUAUUCCUACUGAUUGGAAGGCUUUAACGCUUGAGGAUGCAAUGAAAAGCUUGAAAAUGUCAUUCAACAUUAGAGAUUAGUGUACAUCAAGGCUAUGGGAAGUAGACUAGUUAACUACAUGCAAUUGACCGUUCAAGAUUCAUGAUUUAUCACAGAAUGAAAGUAUGCGCACGUUGCCUAGAAAACUGUUUAAAAAUAAUCAAACCGUUCUGUAAAUAUUUUAUGCAAUUAGGGAAUUGACAACUGCAUCACCAAUAGUCAGUUACAAAAGUGGAUUCAUUAUGUGUAGAUUUGUGGGUGAUUGUAAUUUUUACAGCAAAGAGGUGAUUAAAAUAAUUAAGCCGUGAAACAUGGAAAUAUGAACACCAACAACAACAGAUUAACCAACAUACAUUACAGAGGCCACUAAUGAGGAGCCACUCUGAUAUUAUUAAAACAAAUAUAUACUUAUUAUAUUGAAAGUCCAAUUUACUUUACCAUCUAUCCCACAGUAAAUGACUUCAGCAAUUAUUAUAUAGGGGGGACUGCAUGGUUUAUUUUAGUGGAUUGCCUGGUUUAGUGGACUGUUGGACUGAAUGGUUUGUGGACAGCAUGGAAUAUUUUAACUCAGAUUUGGUUUCAUUUGUAUGUAACUUUCAUGGACUAAUUUCUUUGAUGGAAGCUAUAAUGCCGUUAUUCAGGCAAAUAGUUUUUCAUUGAUAUAUUUUUUCUUUGUUUUAGGUGUUAAAUGAGUUGGUGUGAUGGUGCCUAUAUCAGUUAUUAGGUUCUAACUGAUGAUUAAAUUGCUUUUUAAACCAAACUUCAAAUAGGGAUUUGGUCAUAACCUUCAUUGCAAAUUUGAUGACUGUUAUUUAUGUUUGUAUUAAUGAUGAUGAAAAUAAUCUAAUGAUGAUAAUUAUGAUUCUUUUUGUUUUCAUUUAGAAUCCUGAUUAAUACUGAUGAUUGUUGUUGGUGAUGACAAAAUAUAAUUUCCCCUUUUCGACCAAUCAUUUCCAUUAGUUUAUUGUGUUAUUGUUUCCUUUUUACAUUUCUACAUUGUAAUGUGAUGUUUGACAAGGGUGUUGAACCUUCUUAUCUGUAUCAUAAACGCUGAAACUCACCCAAAAUAAAUGUCUUCACAAAAGUAAUUUUCCCUAUUCCCUUAACAAAGUCCUCCAGGUCCAACUACAUUACAGUCUGUAGGUUCAACUAUAGUACAGUCUGCAGUUCCAACUAUAGUACAGUCUGUAGGUCCAACUACAGUACAGUCUGUAGGUCCAACUACAGUACAGUCUUUAGGUCAAACUAUAGUACAGUCUGCAGGUCCAACUAUAGUACAGUCUGUAGGUCCAACUAUAUUACAGUAUGUAGGUCCAACUAUAGUACAGUCUGCAGGUCCAACUAUAUUACAGUCUGUAGGUCCAACUAUAGUAGUCUUUUGGUCCAACUAUAGUACAGUCUGCAGGUCCAACUAUAUUACAGUCUGUAGGUCCAACUAUAGUAGUCUUUUGGUCCAACUAUAGUACAGUCUGUAGGUCCAACUAUAGUACAGUCUCUUGGUUCAGCUAUAGUACAGUCUGCAAGUCCAACUAUAGUACAGUCUGUAGGUCCCACUAUAGUACAGUCUGCAGGUCCAACUAUAAUACAGCCCGUAGGUCCAACUAUAGUACAGUCUGUAGGUCCAACUCUAGUACAGAUUGCAGGUCCAACUAUAGUACAGUCUGCAGGUCCAACUAUAGUACAGUCUGUAGGUCUCUAGGUCCAAUCACAACCUCAAACUACAAUUUCACAGCCAUUGCUGGGCUUGAGAUGGAGGUUAAGAGAACCAUUGACCUCUACUAGAAUUACUCUGCAAGUUUGGUGCAUCACACAUUCACAACCAACUUAGCUAUCUAAAAUAAGUCAUCAAAAUGUAUUACAGUUAAAACAUUUACAUUUUUAUUUAAAAAAAACUGGUCUUGCUAUGACUGAGCUAAUGGCUUUAAGGUCUUCAGAAGCUGAAUGUUGUCAAUGUCAUUUUGAUAAAACUGUGGCAGAAUCUAGAACAAAUGUUUGGAUAGUAUUUUGUUUGCUGGGAUACUGGAAAUCUGUGGCAGUCAUCUAAACUGCAGGUACUGAAAGGUCCUGUCACAUCUGUUAUGUAUGCACAGUUUGUGCAAUCACGUGAGAUAUUAGUUGACUAAGGAUUGUCGCAUGGUGUUUUUAAAGAGUACAGUUUGCUCUUAUCUUAUGUGUCCGUAUUAUCCCUGUAACCUAACAACAUCCAAACUAGUGAGGGACAAACAUAUCUAAGAAACCAUCGCCACCUCCUGGAAACUACAGAAAAACACCACACACAAAUAUCCUGCAGGUGGAGACAGAAACCUUUCAAACACAACGUUUAGGUAAAUUUGUAAUAUCGUAUGUAUUUAUCAAUAUUAACUAGAGAAUUGUGCUUACAUGUAUUAUCUUUGAUUAACCUUUGUGAGGACCUUAAUUAAUGUCACUCAUGGAUAAAGGUUUGUGUAAGAACUGACAUUUACUAAAUGCUGAUGUUGUUUACAAUUAUUCGCAGGCUUUAAGCAAAAACUUUACUAAGAGCAGAAAUGACCAGAUUAACUGUCUGAUGAACUGUCUAGAAUAAUAGAGUUGGGGUUUAGGAUGAUAAAUAUUGCAUAUAAUUGUUCUUGUUUCAUUCACGUGUUUCCUGUUUUCCAUGUAUGUUGCAGAGAAGAUAAAGGUCAAAGGGCAACCCCAGGUGUCACAUUAAAACAGUCUUAGCACAUGUGUAACCAAUAGGAAGGAAGAGAAAUAGGACAGGGUGGGACGAGGAAGUAUUAAGGGUUGUCUACUGACAGGUAUAAAAUGUAUGUGUUUUUCCAAAUGUAUCAGAGCUCCCCGAUUAAACGUUUAAGACCA